AUGCAGCAGACCAUCCCGUGUGUAUCGAUAUCUCGAUCCGGUUCUCGUGAGGUCGACGCAUACGGGAGUACGAGAUCGAGAUCGCUUAAAGCUGCCGGCGAUAUCCAGCUAGGGCUGGAUGCAUCAAGGACCACCCGGUUUCCCACACAAGAUGGGGACGGUACUGUAGCCGAGUGCUCACACGACAUCCCGACAACUUCUGGCUUAUGCACUCAUCAGAUUGCAACGAGAAGAGCCCACUCUCGUUACAAAGUUGCCGUCCACGCCAAAACGAACCAGGCAGUGAGUGGUGUUCCAGGAGGGCCCAUCAAGGUCCAGCCCCCCCUAAGAAACACCAGGUACUCGCGUGCAAAAAGGUUUCGGGGUGCAGCGAUCAACAUAAAAAAAAACGAGAGAUACCAGGUGGUCUAUGACCAUGAUCGACAGAUAUCAUCUGCCCAGUACAACCUCAGUAUACCUGCCCGCUUUCUGAACUCCCGAUACCUCACCCCCUCCCUACACGUAUCACUCGAUCAGGGACACCACCUCGCUGUCAAAGCUGCACCUCGAGAGCAGCACCAGCACAGCUCAGAGCGUAACUACCCGCAUGAGCGGCAAUCGCACAGAAGCGCCCUCUCUCAUCCGCCAACAACGACUCCUCCCAACAGUUUGGUCACCAAGUCACCCAGCCGCAUCCAAGAUGCAGCUAUCCGUGCCGACUGCCCACCUGGCCCUUUCCUCGCUUGCCGUUUGUACUACCCGGGCAAUCUGAUUCUCCUGUACCUUCGCGCGCCCAGUGUUGGGAUUGUGGACGCGAGCGGUGCAGACAUGUAUAUGUACAAGUAG